CACGUGGGACCACAUCCUACGACAAAAACAUACGUGCAACCUCUAACGACAAGUACAGAUGUUCAACAUCCAACAAGGGUACACGUGAAUUCACGGUCCAGUACAAGAGAUUCUAUAUCGUCGCCUUCAUCACCUACCAGAGAAAACGAUGCCAUACUAAUUAAUGAACAUACCCCUACUCCCUCUCCAACCACACACAACUACACUGGUGGACACUCGCAGCACCACAACACCACGGGGAUGAGUGAGAACGAGGACUUAUCACACUCGUCUUCAGCAGUCACAGCAUCAACCAACACAUCUCCUGACCACGUCCUUAAAACAGCUGAAACACAAUCAACGACUUCACGGUUGCAGUGUAAUCAUAUCAUCUUAAACAACUCAACAUUCAACAUUUACCCUAAUGGAUCUGUAGUUCUGAAAAGUGGUAGGGUCAUAAAUGAAAACGAUUUUAUCCUCACACCAAAAGGACAACUGGAAUUAUGCGUGACAGCUCUUGGUUCACAAGGUUCAAACAAGUUCAAAAUUGAUCUUAACCGCCCAACUGUGGUGUUGAGGAACAUCUGUCUGGUGUCUAGCCAAGGGUUCCUGCUUCUGACUUUUAUCUUGCACUGUUUCUUCUCUAGUCUGAGGAAUCUUCCUGGCGUGAUUCUCAUGUUCUUGUCGGCAUCUUUGUUCUUGGCACAUGCCACCUUCUUCUUUGGGAGUGACGAGGCGCACAAUCGUACAUCUUCUUUAGCGAUCGGAAUAGUCAUCCACUUCUUCUGGCUUGCAUCCUUCUGUUGGCUCAAUAUCUCUUCUUUCCACACCUUCAGAGUCUUUAAGGACGUAUUUGCAUCUCGGAGUUUUGAGUCCAACAAAAAGACAAUCAUCCUCAAAUACUGCAUCUUUGGCUAUGGCACUCCUGCUGUUGUUAUUGCUGCAACGAUAACAGAAAACUACUUCGUCUCUGGGUCUGAAUCCUUUGGUUAUGCAGAUACCUCAAACUUCUGCUUCAUCUCAAAUGGAACCAAAAGUAUCGUUGGGUUGCUGGUUCCAGCAGGAGCUACCAUACUGGUCAGUUUUACUCUCUUCAUCUUGACCGUCGUGUACCUGUGUAGGGCCUCAGCCAACAGACGAAAGGUCGGCAAUGGUGACAAAUGGAACAUUUUAAUGUACAUCAAACUAUCUAGCAUCACUGGUUUCGCCUGGGUCUUCGGUUUUCUACAAAUGGUUGACAGAAGCAGUCAGGUUUUCUCGUACCUGUUUAUUUGUCUGACUGGGGCUCAGGGCGUGUUCAUCUUUUUGGCUUUCAUGGCAAACAAACGCACUUUCCUUCUCGUUAAACAUGCUUGUCGAAAACAAAUCAAGAAUGGCAGAUGUUCCAGAAAAUCCUCUGACAUUGACACAAAACGUCAUGUUACAUCAGAUGUGGAGGACGCAAAUAAGGUAUAGAGAGUAACUGUCACGAUUAUGUGUCCUCUAAACCCGAACAAGAAUACACUAUAUUCUUCAAAAAAGAAUCUAUACAUGCUGUUUUGGAGUUUACUUUCUGAAUGCAUAUAACUGAUUCAAACAUGACACCAUUGCUCAAUUAAGUUAUCACUUUACAAAUUUCAAAAACAUAGUUAUCUAUAAAGCGUUUGGUAAAACGACAGAGGACCGUUAAAGCCACUUGGUCAGAGUAAAAUGUCAGUAUCUGGUGUGACCACCAUGAGCAUCGAUAACAGCUUGGCAGCGGUGACC